CCGUGCGGAGCCGUGCGGUGCGGAACCGAGCGGAGCCCAGCGGGGCACCGGCGCUGCGGCGCCUCCCCGGUGCCCGCCGGGCCGGGCCGGGGGCGGCGGGAGCAGAGCCAGAGAAGAUGACAUCUCGGCUCCUCUGAGCCAGCAGUGCCCAGGGAGAGCCAUGGAGUACGAGCUGCCCAACGCCACCGCCUUCUGGUUCUCCCCGGCCUCCCCCUUCGACAACUUCUCCCUGGAGGCGCCCACCAACACCUCCCAGAACGCCACGGGCCAGCACUUCGACCUGACCAGCAACGCCAUCCUCACCUUCAUCUACUUCGUGGUCUGCAUCAUCGGGCUGUGCGGCAACACGCUGGUCAUCUACGUCAUCCUCCGCUACGCCAAGAUGAAAACCAUCACCAACAUCUACAUCCUCAACCUGGCCAUCGCCGACGAGCUCUUCAUGCUCGGGCUGCCCUUCCUGGCCAUGCAGGUGGCCCUGGUGCACUGGCCCUUCGGCAAAGCCCUCUGCAGGAUCGUCAUGACGGUGGAUGGCAUCAACCAGUUCACCAGCAUCUUCUGCCUGACGGUUAUGAGCGUGGAUCGCUACCUGGCUGUGGUCCAUCCCAUCAAAUCUGCCAAGUGGAGGCGGCCCAGGACAGCCAAAAUGAUCAACGUGGCCGUUUGGGGCGUCUCCCUGCUGGUGAUCAUGCCCAUCAUGAUUUAUGCCGGGGUGCAGCACAACCACGGCAGGAGUAGCUGCACCAUCAUCUGGCCGGGAGAGUCGGGCGCCUGGUACACGGGGUUCAUCAUCUACGCCUUCAUCCUGGGCUUCCUGGUGCCUCUCACCAUCAUCUGCCUUUGCUACCUGUUCAUCAUCAUCAAAGUCAAGUCCUCGGGCAUCAGGGUGGGCUCCUCCAAGAGGAAAAAGUCCGAGAAGAAAGUCACCAGGAUGGUGUCCAUCGUGGUCGCCGUCUUCAUCUUCUGCUGGCUCCCCUUCUACAUCUUCAACGUCUCCUCCGUGUCCGUCAUGAUCGUGCCCACGCCCGUCCUCAAGGGCAUGUUCGACUUCGUGGUGGUCCUGAGCUACGCCAACAGCUGUGCCAACCCCAUCCUCUACGCCUUCCUGUCCGACAACUUCAAGAAGAGCUUUCAGAACGUCCUGUGCCUGGUGAAGGUCAGCGGCAUGGACGAGGCCGACCGCAGCGACAGCAAGCAGGACAAAUCCCGCCUCAACGAGACCACGGAAACCCAGAGGACCCUGCUCAACGGCGACCUGCAGACGAGCAUCUGAGGGGACGGCGGGGUUUGUCCUGCCCGCGUCCCUCCCCUUCCCGCUGGCUCCCGGCUGCAGCGGGGGGUGGCAGCACGGGGCCAGGCCAGGAAUGCCACCUGAGGGGACGCGCGGUGGCCUCGGGGCUCCUCUGCUGGGCUCCUCUCUGCUGGCUUGGCUCGCAGGUGUCGGGAUGGAUACGGGUCAGGAGGAGCCGCCUCGCCAGGAAAACCAAGACAAUUCACGGCGACACCAAAGUGCCACCAAAGUGGGCACAGGUACGGCCGGCGCGGCUCUGCUGGGUCCCCCGUGCCACCCUCGGCGCCGGCUGGCUUCGGGGCUCUGCACCGGGACACACCGGGGGACCUCAGGAGGAGCCGAGGCCACAGGUGUGCGACACCCUGCACCGACCUGGUGGGAGCUGCCGGCGAGCGUCCCUCCCGAGGAGACCGGGAUUUUUGGGAUUGCGUUUUUUCCCCGGGAUAUUCCCUGCUCCGCCGCGUGCCCUGCCGCCUCCCCGCGCUCUGUGACUGCCGCAGCCGCCCUGCCGGGAGGGGACACGCCAGCACGGAGGUGACUUCCCCACGGGAAGCAGCUCUGCCCCCGCAGCAGCCCCUCUGAUGCCACCCUGCCUCCUCCAGCCCUUUCCCUGCCCUGCCGCGGCGUCACCCGCCCGCACAUUUUCUCCCG